AUGAAUAAUGAACUUCCUUGGGAUAUUAAAGAGGAAUUGUCGUACUUUGAAAGAGUUACUAAAAAAGUGUCAGUGUCAGAUGAAAUUACUGAUACAUCUCCUGCUACUUCUUGCAAGAGAAUUCAGAAUGCCCUAAUUAUGGGUCGUAAAACUUGGGAAACUAUUCCGCCUGAACUUAGACCUUUUAAAGACCGAUUAAAUGUUGUUUUGUCUAAAACUUUAAAACCUGAAAGCGAUAUGUGUGUGAUUUAUUCAUCUCUUGAUGAAGCUGUUGCUAAUCUUGUUGACAAACCUACGAUUUCACGCAUUUUUAUAAUUGGUGGUGGAUAUGUCUAUAAAGAAGCAAUGGAAUCACCUCUUUGUGAAUAUAUUCUUAUUACUAAAGUGUAUAAAAGUUUUAAUUGCGACACUUUCUUUCUAAAGAUUGACGAAAAUUUAUAUGAAUUAGCAAGUCAUGAUGAAUUGGUAAACUUUGUUGGUGAUGAUGUUCCUAAGGGUAGACAAGUGGAUGGUGAUAUUGAAUAUGAAUUUUUGAUGUAUAAAAGAAAUAAAGACGAAGGUGAUGAUGGUUCAAAGAAAUCUCAUCGACAUAUCAGUUUGCAACAACAAGAUAUAAUAUAUCGUGCAAAUGAAUACAAAGAUCUCAUAAGUACGAUCAAACUUGAUUCGAACAUUUCAAAAGAUUGA